AUGAGGCCCAUUCUUUUGGCAGGCCACGAGCGUGCGCUCACCCAGAUUCGAUACAACAACGACGGUGAUCUCAUCUUCUCCGUCUCCAAGGACCAGCAGAUUUGCGUUUGGUACGCACACAAUGGCGAGCGUCUCGGCACUUACCACGGCCACGUCGGUGCCAUCUGGACCGUUGACGUCGACCCCACCAGCACCAUGAUCGCCUCCGGUUCCGCCGACAACACGAUGCGCCUUUGGGAUAUCAAGACGGGCAAGAACCUUAAGACCUGGGAGUUCCCCACCGCUGUCAAGCGUGUCGAGUUCAGCGAGGACGGCACCAAGCUGCUCGGUGUCACGGAGAAGCGCAUGGGUUACCUUAGCAACAUCAUCGUCGUCGACAUCAACCCCGACCCCGAGGCCGAGCAGAGCGAUGAGCGCGUCCUGACCAUUGUGUGCGACGAGAGCAAGGCCACUGUUGCCGGCUUCAGCUACCUGACCAAGUACAUUAUCGCUGGUCACGAGGAUGGUUCUGUGUCGCAGUAUGACGCAAAGACCGGUGACCUGAUCUACAACGAGCCUGUCCAUGAGCUGAACACGCCCAUCACGGAUCUCCAGUGGUCGGAGGACCGUACCUACUUCAUCACCGCUUGCAAGGACAAGACAGCCAAGCUCAUUACUGCCAAGGACAUGGAGGUUCUUAAGACCUACGUUGCCGAUACCCCUCUCAACAGUGCAACCAUCACGCCCAAGAAGGACUUUGUCAUCCUUGGUGGUGGUCAAGCUGCCAUGGACGUUACCCGUACCUCGGCUAGACAAGGAAAGUUCGAGGCGAGAUUCUACCACAAGAUCUUCGAGGAUGAGGUUGGCAGAGUCCGUGGCCACUUCGGUCCCUUGGUAAGUCACCAACUUCACUUCACAUAA